AUGGGUGGUAAGGAAGUGGGAACAGGGGGUGGCAGUGUCGGGGGUCUGGGGGAACAUGGGCUUGAGUGGGGGUUGCCUCAGAAAGAGCAAGACGGCGGAUGUUUCUCUCUUGGUGUGACCGGUGGAAAUAUCGAUCAGCAAUGCCGCAGAGACGUUUGCGCGCCGAAAUAUGCGUGCGACAGCUUUAACCUAACCACUUCGGUGGAAAGCGGAUUUCUGUUCGACACGGUGUCGGGAGUGCUGAGGGGGGAGAGCUUGGCCCUUGUGGUUGCAGGUGGCAAGGAAGUAGGAACAGGGGGUGGCAGUGUCGGGGGUCUGGGGGAACAUGGGCUUGAAUGGGGGUUGCCUCAGAAAGAGCAAGACGGCGGAUGUUUCUCUCUUGGUGUGACCGGUGGAAAUAUCGAUCAGCAAUGCCGCAGAGACGUUUGCGCGCCGAAAUAUGCGUGCGACAGCUUUAACCUAACCACUUCGGUGGAAAGCGGAUUUCUGUUCGACACGGUGUCGGGAGUGCUGAGGGGGGAGGGCUUGGCCCUUGUGGUUGCAGGUGGCAAGGAAGUAGGAACAGGGGGUGGCAGUGUCGGGGGUCUGGGGGAACAUGGGCUUGAAUGGGGGUUGCCUCAGAAAGAGCAAGACGGCGGAUGUUUCACUCUUGGUGUGACAAGUGGCAAUAUCGAUCAGCAAUGCCGCACAGACUUUUGCGCGCCGAAAUAUGCGUGCGACAGCUUUAACCUAACCACUUCGGUGGAAAGCGGAUUUCUGUUCGAUACGGUGUCAGGGGUACCAGGGAAGACGGGGCCGACUUUGUUACAUUUCGGGUGGAUGAGGUUGGGGUUUUGUUCGUUUUUCUCCAUCUAAGGUUCGUGCCUAGCGUUCAGCUGUAGUGUUUCGACCAAAGUUUUGUUGACUUCGAGGCAAACAUUCCUAGCUAUUGGGCAUCGAGUUAAUUUGGCUUGGCAUGACGGCCUUUACGAUCGACGUUUUAUGUAUGUCUGCAUUUAUCUGCAAUUAAUUGUCGGAGGGCAAACAAAAUAAUAAUAAUAUGCUUGCAGAUGCUAACCUAGGACGCCUUUGUGCGCCUGAUGGAUCUGAAAUUUCACUGCCGUCGUGCCGGGGCAACGGGGAUAGUCGGCGCUCCAUCGAGACCGAGACCAAGACCGAGACCGACACCGUCUUCCUUGGCCGCGAGGAUGACGGGGGGUCGGUCGUGGCAGCGGCAGCGGCGGUGCUGGUUAGAUCAUCAGGGCGGGAAGGCAGGGGGCACUGUCGAACGAGAAGGCGAUGGAGGUCUGGCUGCUCGAGAAGCCCCUGUUCUCGGCCGGCAACUUCAACGGGAGUGUUUGUACGCCUUUUUUGUAUUGGCAGGCAUGAUAUUUUUAACGGUUGUUCAGUUGGCGGGCCUUCAAAUUGGUGGUGUUUUUCGUAUCGCAAUCUAUUAUAUUACUUCCUCUGUUGUAUCAUAAGCCUGGUCUGUUAGGUUUACACGCCGCCUUAACGGUGUCCGAUCUGUUUUUCGUUUUUUUCGUUGGAUUCUACGGUGUUUUUUUUUAAAGCUGAUGCUUGAACCAUGCGACUAAAUGGCCGGAAAACUUUGAGUCGGCCCAAAAACGGCCAUACUUUGCCCUUUUCCGGGGGGUGGGGUACCUGGGGCAUUGAGCCUAACCCCCUCCCCAAAGCUAACCCCGCCCAGACUCAGCCAACCACAAUACGUCCCCCAUACUAAAACCAUAUUGAUAGUGAACCACAAACUAAAUUCAACACAUUUUUGGGUCCACACUAAAACCAAGACACUUGGGGAUCCCGCACUAAAACCAAGACACUUGCGGGGCAAAAAAACAACAGAGUAGGGCCCGAAUCCCCCCCCCUCUACUCAGCGACCCACAUCGCGCCCCCCUAUACUCAAAGCAGUAUAAUAGUGGCCCCACACAAAAACUAAGACACUUGGGGGUUCCACCCUAAAACCAAGACACUUGCGGGCAGAAAAAGUGUCUGUUGGUGUCGGUGGGCCCAGCGCACCCUUGGGUGUAUCCAUACUUGGCCCGGCGGAAUAGCCAGCGCAGCCUCCGCUACAAUUGCAAUGCGGCGGCCCACUGAAAGCUCGCCGCCCUUGGGGCGAUGUGGGG